CUUUAUUUUUUUUAACCCUAGUCGACACCCCCUUUUUCUCUCCCAAUUCUCCGGUCACCGGAGUGGAUUUCCGGCCGGUUUUCCGACGACACACCACACCACAACACAUCUCAAUCUCACACUCACAACCUCAUUUCGAAUCACUCGGGUCGCCAAAGAAACUCGUAUCUCUGUCGGAGUGAUCGAGACGCCGUCGGGUAACCAAGUUUGCUGGAGUUCGAAGCAUUCGCCGGAGUUUACAACGGAACACGGCUCGUCGUGUUCGGUAUACAUUCCUUUUUAUCAGUUGUUCCUCGUUAUGAAAUAUUAUUCAUUUUCAUCUUAGUAAUCAUCUAAAAUCCAAAUUUUAUAGUGAUGAACGGAGAUCAGAGAGUGUUUUAGUUUGGGUAACAUAUAAGGAAGAUGAUGAUAAUGAGCUCCCAAAUCUCAAAGGCAGCUAGAAAAAUCCACAAUCUACGCCACUACUCCGCCAACAACUCUUCUGUCGAUCCCUUUGUCGCCCACCCGUCCCACCACCACCUUGCCGCCAUCGAAUCCAAAUCCCAACUCCUCAAAUCCUACACCGUAACUCCCCCGAUCAAACCGUGGCCCCAAAAGCUCUACCCUAAACGCCUUGUAUCCAUUAUCACCCAACAGCAAAACCUCGACCUUGCCCUCCAAAUAUUUUACCAUGCUGGUAAAUACCACCCCGGAUUUGAACAUAAUUACGAAACCUACCACUCCAUCAUCCACAAGCUCUCUCGUGCUCGAGCUUUUGAAGCGGUUGAAACCCUUCUUUCUCAGUUGCAAAAAUCCGGAAUCAAAUGCGGAGAGAAUCUUUUCAUCGAUGUGUUGCGUAAUUACGGUCUUGCCAGCCGUCCUAAAGACUCUUUACGAACAUUCUUGCGGAUUGACGACUUCGGUGUCACAAAAUCCGUACGGUCGUUAAACACGCUUCUAAAUGUCAUGAUUCAGAAUAGAAAAUAUGAGUUGGUGCAUGCUUUGUUUAAAAACAGUCGAAGGAAGUUCAAUAUCACACCAAACGUGUUCACUUGUAACAUUCUUUUGAAGGCCUUUUGUAAAAAAGGCGACAUAGAAGGUGCACUCAAGGUGUUAGACGAAAUGCCAGCAAUGGGAAUGGUGCCAAACGUCGUGACGUACACCACUAUACUUGGAGCUUACGUUUCGAAAGGAGACAUGGUGGGUGCAAAGAAGAUGUUUGACCAGAUUCUUGACCGAGGGUGGACUCCCGAUGCCACAACGUACACGAUUCUAAUGGACGGUUUUUGUAAGCAAGGGCGGUUAGUUGAUGCGGUGAAAGUAAUGGAUGAUAUGGAGGAUAAUAAAGUGGACCCGAAUGACGUUACUUACGGGGUUAUGAUUGAAGCCUUUUGUAAAGCGAAAAAAACCGGCGAAGCGUUAAACUUGUUAGACGAUAUGAUCGAGAAGAAAUACAUGCCGACUUCUGCUCUUUGUUGUAGAUUGAUUGAUGCUUUGUGCGAAGACGGGAAAGUUGAGGACGCUUGUGAUCUAUGGAAAAAGCUUUUGCGGAAGAAUUGUACUCCCGACAACGCGAUAUCGAGUGCGCUUAUACAUUGGCUGUGUAAAAAAAGGAAGAUUUGGGAAGCGAGGAAGUUGUUCGAUGAAUUCGAAAAGAGUUCGAUUCCGAGUGUUUUAACGUAUAACACACUGAUUGGCGGUAUGUGUGAAAUGGGAGAGUUAUGUGAGGCUGGUAGGUUAUGGGAUGAUAUGGUGGAAAAGGGAUGUGUUCCUAACGCGUUUACGUAUAAUAUGUUGAUUAAAGGGUUUUGUAAAGGUGGUAGUGCGAAGGAAGGGGUUAAGAUUCUAGAGGAGAUGUUGGAUAAAAGGUGUUUGCCGAAUAAAACGACUUAUUCUGUGUUGCUUACGGGUUUGUGUGAGUCUGGGGAUGAAGCGGAAGUAAUGAAAGUACUUGAUAUGGAUACGGGUGGAGAGCUUAUUGAUUCGGAUGUUUGGCAACUUCUAAUAAACAAGUUUGGUAGUAAUGUUAGUAAGAAGAGAAAUGCAAUGCAACCUAAGGUUUGAUGAAAUGCCUCUAAAGAAUGUCACUUUUUGACUGCUAUGAUAUCACGAGGCUGUAGUUCGUUAGCAAAAUAAGAUUGAGCAGUAGCUUGCAUAAGAAUCAGCUGUCAAUGGAAAUCAAGCAGUUUAUAAAUAAUGUGUGGCUGCAACUGCAAGUUUGAAAAAAAAAAAAAAACCAGAGACCAACUAAAACACUGUUCAUAAUAAACACUGUCCACGUUCGCAUCAGGCGCAACUUUGCGUUUGUGCAGUUUGAAACACAAGAAGAAGCCACAAAUUCUCUUGAGUGUACACACAUAAGUAAAAUAUUGGAUCGGGUAGUAUCAGUGGAGUAUGCGCUAAGGGACGACAGUGAGAGAGGGUCCCACUCAAUCAGUCCUAGAAGAGACUAUGGUCGUCGACGUGAUAGUCCUUAUCGGUCACCAAGUCCUUAUAGGAGAAGCAGACCAAGUCCUGAUUACGGGCGGGCUCGUAGCCCAGUGUAUGAUAGGUACAGUGGGCCAUCCUAUGACAGGCCAAAGAGCCCUGUUUAUGGGAGAUACCUCAGUCGGUCACCUGUUCGAAGGUCGAGAAGUUGAGAGACUGGUUGAUAGUUUUAUGGGUAUCGGUUAUGUUAGCUUUGUGUCUAAACUGUGUGCGAGUGUUAUCAAACUUUCUGAUGUUUGUUGAGUAGUUAUGGAAUUUGUACCUACUUCAUAUUAUGAUCGUAGUUUCAUUUAUCAGAAUUAGUGGUAUAUCUGAGUCUUUAUC